AUGUCAAAUUUGACGAAAAUUUACAACAAAAAUGCGACCGUAAAAAACGGAGGUAUAACAGCAUUCAUAGCAACCGCUUCCAAUGAAGAUGAUCAGUUCGAAUAUCUAUGGUCCUAUUUGGCGAAAGCUAAAAUCGCUUUCAUAUUUAUUGCCAUCUUCUAUAGCCUUCUUGCCAUUGGUGCUCUGUUGACUCUCCGACAAUUCCUUCGUUUUCAUGUUGUUUAUUCUGAUUUAUGGAAGGCGUUUGUCGAGUUCCCAGUGAUCCAUCAUGCCUGCCACGUCAUCAGAAAGUUCUAUUCCGUAUCGGUGGUGUUGAAUUUGUGUCUCUUCAGUAUCCUGGGUUUCGUCCUUUAUGCUGAUGGAAUAAAUUCGGUUAUCGGGAUGUUCAUCGGCGGAAUCCUAGCAAUCGUGGCCAUUGUCUAUUCCGCCAUCGUUGCAUGGUUCGUCCAAGUCUACCAGAUCAUGAUCGCUCUUGAGAUUUUCAAUGGCUUGAAGAAUAGUGAUGAACAAUUGCUGGGACCGGAACUAGAAGUGAGGCAGAUGAAGAAGAAAAAGAGGAUUCGAAGCCUCUAUAAAAUUCUUUUGCUUCGCGAUUUUGUUGUGAUCCCUGCAUUCGUUAUCUACGACUCCUACCAGGUAUUUGCAGACGUGCAAAGUGGAAAAAGCAUCUCAUUUCUUGGAUCUGGAGUCACUAUGGCUGUUUUCAUGCUAACCACCACUUCCAUCUAUCUGUCUGUUCCUUUGUCGAUGGCUUUCUAUUUGGUCAAUAAAAUGGGAAAUCCUGAAAUUCGAAAAAAUCUAAACCCCCUCCAACGGAUCAUUUUCUGUCAAGCUAUCCUCAUUUCAGUUUCUGUAAUGACCAGCCUCGUCGUCAGCUUCACUUUCUUCUUUUGCGAUGUCAUACCUUUCAACUUCGUUUCAAGCGCCAUUCAAGUUUUUGGCCUCCUUCUACCAGUGAGUAUUAUGCAGGCGACUUUGAUAUCCUCUCAGAAAAUCGAAAAGGAACAAGUCUCCAUGUCUGCAAAUUUGUGCAAAGUUGAGCCGUUCGCAAUCGCCAACGAUAUGGAAAAACCGCCAAUUCAAAAUUCUUAUUGA